UAAAUAAAUAUUAAUAUAAGCAAAAUUAUAAAUAUGCUGAUAAAAAAAUUAUAUUAAUUUUUAAUUGGUAGUUAUUGAUAUGAGCAAUAUAUUGUGGGAGUUUCUAAAGUUCCUUCCUUUUUCCCUUUUAUUAUUAGCAGAAACAUAGUAGAUUAUACGAGGCGCGACCAUAGUUUCUGACGACUCGACCACAUAGCGGCCGUGUGUCUUCGAUGAUCGGAUUACAUGGCGGGUGUAGUCUUAACGAUAAGAUAAGGGUAAGCUGAUCGUCGCAUCUCAAUCUUAGUCUUAGCCCGCCGUUCCGAGAGUUCACGUCAUAACAUUACGUUACAUUCAAAAUAAAGUUUUCUAUAAUAUCGAUACCUCUGUUUCAAAAAAUAACAUGAAAAUGUUAUUUUUAAUACUGACAACGUGUGUCUUCGCCGUGUCUCACGCCGGAUGUCCCUUGAGGCCGCCGGUGGGACUAACUUCUGCAGACAAAACACCGGGAGAUGGUGGUUACAAAAUUUUCAUCAGCGGACAGAGAGCGAACGGAUACAUCCCAAAUGCAAUUUAUACGAUUAGUCUUGGUCGUACAUUUCUAACAGCUUCACAGUCACGGGCUCUGCAACACGAUUUCUCACUAAAUGGUAGAUUUUCGUAUUUUAUGCUCACGGUGCAAAAUGCACAGAAUAAUCUCUCAGCUCGCGUUGGUCACUUCCAGCUAUUUAGCGUUUCUGAUUUGGGGAAAUCUUGGCGACCGGGAAUGGCUUUCAAGGAGGACUGUAUUAACACGGUUAUCGCGACAAAUAAUAUUCCGAAACUACAGACUCGAGUAAUGUGGCGUGCGCCACCGGCCGGUUCCGGAUGUGUUACAUUUACCGCGAUGAUCUGGCCACAAGAUUUUUUUGUAAUUAACCCUGUGUUACAAUGGUACGCGGAGGAUGGUGCUCUUACCAAGACUAUUUGCGAAUUGACAGACACGGAAGUUGAAGGUGCGAAUGAAAUAAUAGAAGAUACGGAAAAACAGCUCAAUCCUAUAUGCGAGGUGACUGAAUGGACUGACUGGUCACCAUGCAGUGUUAUUUGCAUGAAAUUUAGGAGUAGGCGAGUGAUAACAGAUCCGACGCCGCAGGCGGAAUGCUCCUCGCUCGUGGAAUUGUUCCAGAUGCACCCCUGUACUGAGUCGGCUUGUACACUCGAAACCGCAAAGCAAAAAACCAUUUGCAUGAUAACGGACGCAGAGGAAGGUCCGUGCAUGGCCAACUUAACCAGGUGGACUUUCGAUAAGCAAAAAUUAAUGUGCGUGCCCUUCACAUACGAUGGAUGCCUCAACAUUCAGAAUAGUUUCUUAACGGUGGAUGAAUGCAAUAGACAUUGCGGUGUCGUGCGAGAUGUUCUUAUCGAUCAGGCUGCUUACACGAAUGUAAACCAAGGUCAAAUAUCUACGGACUCGUUGAGUUCUCCAUCUCUUCCCGUGGAUUGCGUGGUAACUCAUUGGUCAAAUUGGUCGCCGUGCAGUGUCACUUGCGGGGUUGGCCGCGUCACGAGUUACCGUACCAUUGAGCGAGAAGCUAAAAAUGGUGGCCGUCCCUGCCCGAAGAAGCUGCAUCGUCGUCAUCGUUGCGAGCUGGGGCCGUGCGAGUAACGAGGAAGAGAAAUACCCUCCGCACGAGAUCUACAGAUCUUUCUUAAAAAUAAAUAAGAGAUUUUUAUAAAAAAAA